GGCGUUCGCUCGAAAUGUCAGAGAGGUAGCGUUGCAUUGUAACAAUGUGAAAUAUUCACAUAUUCUGUAUGAUGUAGCCGUGUUUGAUGUGUUCCGUGUGCGUGGUGAUUACGCGCUUUAAGCGCGAUGUCAGUGGUCGAGGGGAACCCGAGCGGUGGGGAUAAGAAAUCAUCACUCUGCGAAGACAGCACGGAUAGCGAUAAUGAAACGGAGAAAAAGCCAUUGCUCCGCAGGAUAUCAACGAGCAAAUGUGUCGGGAGACUGCCAGUGGUCAAAGAGGGUUACCUGAUGAAACAGACGCGCAGCUUCCAAAGAUGGCAACGCCGCUACUUCAAGCUGCGCGGGCGCACGCUGUACUACGCAAAGGAGAAAGAUAGCCAACUAUGGGACGAGUGUGAGCUGGAAGACGCAACGUUUGCCGAAUGCAGCAUCAACAACGCUAACCACAGCUUUCAAGUUAUAACAGCCAGCCGGUGCCUAGUGCUGUGCGCGGACACGCGAGGCGAGAUGGAGGCGUGGGCGAGCGCGCUGCGGGGCGCGCUGCACAGCGGCUCCAACGUCGCAGACCUCGUCGCCAGCCUCUCCACGGGAGACCAUCACUGGUACACGGCGACGCACGCGCGGCCCACCUUCUGCAACGUGUGCCGCGAGUCGCUCGGCGCGCUCGGCACGGCGCACGCGCUCGCCUGCGAGUUGUGCAAGUUCAAAGCGCACAAGCGAUGCGCGGCGCGCGCCCCCCCGUCCUGCAAGUGGAGCACGCUCGCCUCGCUCGGCCCGCACGUCGUCGAGGAUACUGAAGGGAACAUCAUAAUGCCGCAUCAGUGGCUCGAGGGAAACCUGCCGGUGGCGGCCAAGUGCGAUGUUUGCGACAAGACCUGCGGCUCUGUGCUCAGAUUGCAGGACUUCCGCUGCAUAUGGUGCCGCAGGUGCGUGCACGCGAACUGCCGGCCGAGUUGGCGCGCGCCAUGCUCGCUGGGGCCGGCGCGCGCGUCUGUCGUGCCGCCGACUCGGCUGCACUCGGUCGGGCCCGAUGACGGCUGGCUGCCCGACCGGCCGGCGAACGCGUCACCGCUCAUUGUGUUUGUCAACUCGAGAUCGGGCGACAACCAAGGCAUCAAGUUCCUCCGCCGCUUCAAGCAGCUACUGAACCCAGCGCAGGUAUUCGAGCUGAGCGGCGCUGGGCCCCGCCUGGGGCUGCGGCUCUUCCGGCACUUUGCCCCGCUGCGGGUCCUCGUCUGCAGCGGGGACGGCUCCGUCGGCUGGGUCCUGCAGGAGAUCGACAAGCUGGACAUGCAUCGGCAAGUGCAGACCGCCGUGCUGCCGCUGGGCACGGGCAACGACCUGGCGCGCGUGCUCGGCUGGGGCUCGUCCUGCGACGACGCCGCGAACCUGCAAAUGCUACUGGAGCGGUACGAGCGCGCCUCCACUAAGAUGCUAGACAGAUGGUCGAUAAUGUCGUUCGAGCGCGCGGUGACGGCGCCGCCGCCGCCGCCCGUGCCCCCCGACCUGCUCGACGACGCGCCGCUGUUGCGUAAUCUACAGGAGAUCGUCGAAGCGGGCGAGACGUGCCGCGUGGCGCGCGCGUCGCUCCGCGCGGGGUGCGCGCGGCUGGCGAGCGCGGGCGAGUGCGCGGGGGGCGGCGCCGCGCGCGCCGCGCACCGCCUGCGCCGCGCGCUCUCGCUGCUGCUGCACGCGCGCGCGCACCUCGCCCACGACCACGCGCAGUGCGAGUCGUGGGAAGCUUUAGACACGACGAGCGAGAGCGAACCCGAGGCUCCAACCGCUGCUGAAAAGGGCAGCAUUGAAAAGACUGAAAAGGAGCAGCUGAACUGGGCGGCGCGCGGGUGCGCGCUGGCGGGCCGCGCCGACAGCGUGCGCCGCGCGCUGCGCUCGCUCGUGCGCACGCUCGCGCUGCUGUACCCGCAGGAUCCAAACGCAGAACAGACAUGCAAGGAGGUGGAGGGUUCAGCGGGUGAGAGCGCGGGGUGUGCAGGGGGCGCCGGUACUAGGGGCUCAGGGAGUGGGGGGGGAGAGGAAAUGUCGGCGCUACCGGUGCCGCGCGCUUUCGCGGACAGUCGUCGAUCAUCCGCCGCCAGCGCUGUGUCUGCAGCUUCCAUGCAGCCUGAAAACAUUCCAGAUGUAGAUGAAGACAUAGCGAAAUUAAUUAGUACUAAUCCAGAACCAGCUUUUAACUUGGAGGUGGAGAAACGGGACCGCAGCAAAACAAGUUCCGCGUCACCCCAAGAUCGCCUUUCGCUUUCAAACUUAUCUUCCUGUGAUACUAGCUCUUGCAGAAACCUACUUAGGCCGGACGGAGAUCGCGGAAGUACAACGUAUAAUAGCAGUAGUCUAACAAUACCUAACCUAGUCGUGUCAGACGAUAGUGAUAAGAGAUCGUUAAUACAGGGAGAAACUUAUGAAUCGGACCAAUUGACUAUUAUAGACAUCGACAAACCGUAUACGGAUGAAGUUCAUUUUCACGAGUUGUGCGAGAGAGAGGCGCCAAUUAGUGGCGACUGCACGCCUGAGAGGAAGCUUUCUAGUGUAGACUUGGAGAUGGAUGCGACCAGCUCAGAGGGGUCCAACAUUAGCGAUGACUUUAGCUUAAUAUCAGAGAUUAUUGACAGUAAACCAGAAGAUAUAGAGGAGGGGGGGAUCGGACAUAUCGAUUCGCCGGAAAUAUCAGAAACAACUUAUAUGAAUUCAGAAACUUUACACGGAGAGUCAAUCAUGGAUGAUAUCAGUUCGAUGCUAGGACAAGAGGUACUCCUGGCUAUGAUGGGCAAGAAUGGAGAAAACGAAACAUAUACAGAUGAUACUACUUUAUUUACAUCAGACACUGUGUCAGACAUACCUAUGGAUAGUCGGAAUCCGAGCAUCGAGAAAACUUGUGAAUCGAAACAUAGAUACAUAUCGAAAAUAAAAAAGCCAAUAGAUGCAGACGUAGAAAAAUUUGGAUUUGAGAAUAAGGUAUUUUACCUGGAAAACGCGGCUAAGGCAGAGGAACAAGUAAAAUACUGUAGCUUAGCACAAUUCGAAGAGGGGAGUGAUAUAGCUAGGAAGUCGUUUAGGAAGCACAUGAGGAAGAGUAUAAAGAAACGUGUCGUUGAUGAAGGUGGAGUGAAGCACCUACUUCCAAAAUCAACCACAGAAGAGGUGCUUAAACCUGAAACCCCAAAACCUCAAGAGUCACCAAAACACAAAAGUUUUUCAGGUUUAGACGUGAAAAGUACUGAGAACAAAGAAAUACCAGCAUUUCCUCAAGUCAGUGUUGUGGUCGAACCACCAUCGCCGUCUCACAGUGAAGAUAGAAAGAGUAUAAAGAGUUCAAGUCGAAUGGCUUCAGUAUUGAGUGAUAUUUUUGAUCACGGGACAGAUACUCUUAGCGUUCACUCGCCAGAACCAAGCAUCCUAAGCGCAAGGGAACGUCGCCAGUCUGAUAACCCAAAACUUCUAGGAUCUGAUUCGGAAUAUGGACAGUUUUUAAGUUGCUCUCCAGCUGCAACUAGGCGUAUAUCAUGCGGGAGCCUUUUCAAACCUGGUGAACCAGAUAACAGGCUAUCAACAUCUGUAUCGUCUAUAUGGGGUGAAGGAGGCACAUUCAGCGGUUGCCCAACAACGAAGUCGGACUCCAGUGAUCGGGCUAGAAAACUGCCGAUUAUAAACCCAUUAGUCCAGCUACCAGCUUGGCCGCAUGUCACCCAAGGGUUUAUAAGCCAAUGCCUUCUGGCCAAUGCUGAUGCACUGUGUGCUGCUGUUAGCCCGUUAAUGGAUCCCGAUGAAACGCUUUUAGAAGGCUUCUAUGAACGAGCGGUUAUGAACAAUUACUUCGGUAUCGGUAUAGAUGCAAAGAUCACUCUCGAUUUUCAUAACAAGAGAGAGGAACAUCCGGAGAAAUGCAGAUCGAGGGCCAGGAAUUAUAUGUGGUACGGUGUAUUGGGGUCGAAGGAAUGGGUGAAUAGGACGUAUAGACAUUUGGGGCAGCGUGUUCAGCUUGAGUGCGACGGCCAGCGUAUCCCACUUCCAGAAUUACAAGGCAUCGUUGUGCUCAACAUCCCUUCUUUCAUGGGAGGAACUAAUUUCUGGGGCGGCACGAGGGGCGAUGACUUGUUCUUGGCGCCGUCUUUUGAUGAUCGAGUUCUUGAAGUGGUCGCAGUGUUCGGUUCAGCUCAGAUGGCCGCCUCGCGCCUGAUCAAUCUGCAGAAGCACCGCAUAGCGCAGUGCCGCGCCGUGCAGAUUAACAUACUGGGCGACGAGUGCGUGCCCGUGCAGGUGGACGGCGAGGCGUGGCUGCAGCCGCCCGGCUGCGUGCGCAUCAUACACAAGAACCGGGCGCAGAUGCUGUGCAGGUCGCGGGCGUUGGAGACCAGCUUGCGCGCGUGGGACGAGAAGCAGCAGCAGAAGGCGGCGGCGUGCGGCGCGGCGCGCGCGCUGCCGCCCGCCGAGGCGGCGCUGCUGCUCACGCUGCUCGAUGACGUCAACACUAUUGUUAAACAUGUGAAGCUCGCGUGCAUAUCGGAGAGCGGGUCGGGCGGGGCGGGCGGGCGCAGCGGCGCGCUGGCGACGGCGCGGCGCGUCGCGGCGCAGGCGGACGCGCUGCAGGACGCCGACGGCCGCCUGCUGCCCGCGCCGCACCUGCGCCGCCUGCUCGCCGCGCUGAUCGAGAGCUGUCACGAGCUACUGGAGAGCGGCGCGGUGGGCAGCGCGGCGGGCGGGCUGCGCGCGCAGCUCGCCCGCUGCUCCACCAAGGACGGGCUGGCGUUUAUCAAUGCCGAUGAGGCACCGAAGAGAGGCUCCCGCUGGCUGCGGAGCCGGCGAAGCGUGUCCGAAGGUGGCGCAGCGUCGGCGCAGAGCGCGCAGGUGCGCGCGUGGGGCACCGGCGAGGUGCGGGCGUGGCUGGAGACCAUUGAGCUCGGCGAGUACGCCGACGCGUUCGCGAAGCACGACAUCACCGGGCGGGAGCUGCUGUCGCUGGCGCGGCGCGACCUGCGCGACCUCGGCGUCACCAAGGUGGGCCACGUCAAGCGCAUCCUGCAGGCGGUCAAGGAGCUGCAGUGACGGCGCCGCGGCCGUUCCGAGGAGAACGGCCACAGGUGAACCGACUGCGCGGUGCGAGCUGCCGGUGGUCACGCUGUAACGACUCUUUAAACGUUUCAUAGCACGCGUCGCGGUGAGUGUGUUCCAAAUCUUAAUAAUGGAAGUCUACAUUGGACGAUCAUAGCGAUUCACAGGCAAAUUGUACGAUUACGCCGUUUACAAACGCUCGGCAUAGGCAUAUUGUAAUAUUGA